AUGGGAACUGAUAUGCUGCACUGAUGGACACUAAUAGGCUGCACUGAUGGGCACUGAUGGGGCUGCACUGAUGAUCAGUGCCCUGAUUCAGGGGCAAACUGACAACUCAUGGGGCCCCCGGGCAAUAGGGGAUCAUGGGGCCCCUGUGUCCUUGCCCAAACUGAAAAAAGCCUAUGAAAAAGGUACCAGGGGCAUCUCAUGGGGCCCCCUACUGACCCCGAGCCCUCGGGCAGUGGCCGAGUCUCCAAAUGGUCAGUCCGCCCCUGGCCCUUAC